AUGUCGAGGCAUGAAAGUGAGGUGCUCUGGGUCUCAUCCCUGCACAAGAUGUGCCCGCAAAGAGCUACGGUGCCAGUUUCCGGCCGAGGAGACUCGAGUGACCGUGUCGGAGCGCUGAACGAGGAUGCUCAUACUGUCAGCUCCUCAGACAAAUCAAAUAAUCAACCGGACUCGGGUCCCUUUAGAUCGCACGCCCCCGUUGCUCAGCUGCAUGUUACUCCAGAGAGUGCAAUUAUUUCUGAUCUGGAACCUGUCCAUGACGAAGAUAGAAUGCGGUUUCAUCGGAAUCCACUUGUUGACAAAGAUCCUUCGUUUGCGCGGACUCCUGACGGUCGUUUUUGGUACAUGGGACCAACAUCGUCGUGGUCGUUCUGUCGCCGUGUCCUCCGUCUUAUCGGCAGAUGCAUGCCCGAGUCAAAUUGUCCGCCAGAUCCAUGGCAUCUGGAUGGAAUGGCUUUCAAGCUCCAGUGGACGCCGUUACCCCCAGAUGUCAUCCCCGAUGUAACGAACCUUCCACCCCUUGAUUAUGCGUUGUUUCUCUUCAACACUGUCAAAUAUCAUUGUGGGUUCCUAUCAUUCAUGAUCGACGAAGACUCGUAUCUGAAAGAUCUCCACGAAUUCUACCGGAACCCAAGCGCGAAAGCUACCUCGGCGAGAUAUUGGUACGUCGAAUACCUGCUUGUGCUCGCUUUCGGAAAGGCCUUCCUAAGCCAAAAGAGUACUUCUGGAGCUCCUCCAGGUCACCAAUAUGCAUCCAGAGCCAUGGCACUGCUGCCUGAUCUGUCAGGAAUGGACCAGGACCCUUUGACGUGCAUUCAGGCCCUCAGUCUGGGGGCAGUGUACUUGCAAUCUAUCGACAUGAGACGAGCGGCCUUCCACCAUAUCGGUCAGGCACUGCGCGGGUGCAUCAUUGAAGGAAUACAUCGGCACGUUCCCGAGGAAUUCGGGGGACAUGAGCUGUCCAGACGUUGUAGUACGAUAUUCUGGGUUGUCUAUAUGCUAGACCGAGAAUUUUCUGCCCUCAUCGGCGCACCGAGCUCGAUUCGCGACGAGGAUAUUUCGGUCCGCUUGCCCGCUGAAGUUGGAAAUUCAGUAGAGCAUAUCAACUUGACUUUGCAUGUCAGAUUAUCUAGACUGAUGGCUCGAAUUCUGACGAAGUGGAUGGAAGCUGUGUAUGGCGUGGGGGAAGAGUUUGACGGAGCCCUCAUUCGCAAUACGCAGUCAAUUCUAAAUGGCAUGGCACAGCUGUCCCAGGAUCUAACAUCUUUUCUGACCACCCAUUUCCACGGGUUGAUCAGCAGAGCUUCCAAAAUGGCAAUCCGACUUGUACUAGCACAUCAUCAUUGUAUCGUUCUUACCACGAGGCCUUUGGUCAUGUGUGCCUUGAACAUGCAUAUCAAAAGCAACGGAAGUGCCGUAACAUGUAGUAUCGAACUCACACCAACAGUGGCAUCGCUGCUCCAGUGCUGUGCAGAUUCCGCUCAGACUAUCUUGCAAACGCUUCAAACCCUCGCCGACGAUGAUUUGCUUGACGCAUUUCUACCAUUCCAAAUCGAAGACGCCUCCUCCUCCGCCUUUGUCCUAUAUUUGAUUCAAGCCAUCGCACCUUCACUCGUUCAACGUGACGCAUGGCGGGAUCACCUCAAUUGCGUUCUGACUGCUCUCAUCGCCAAAGGCAAUCCGGCCGCACCGUUAAGAAGAAAGGAGUUGAAACAGUUGGAGCAGAUUCUUGCGCCAUUUACACCCACGACUACUUCUGAAUCAACUUCGAGUGAAAGAGGGCACCGCGAGGCGGCAGGGCAAGGCUUGAUUGAUGGGUUUGAAUUUGGGUCUUUUGAUAUGGAUGAUGCUUUCGAAUGGGAAUUGCUCGGAAACAAUUCUUCGGUGAGCUUGCCGCCUCAGGAGCUGUCAGAUCUCGCGGACCAAUUAGCUGCUGAAGGUAUCAUGUACUCAGUUGGGACCUCGGUGGGCUGA